AUGCUAGUCCGAGCGUAUAACAGCUGCACUGUGGAUUGGGCCAAACCCGGUUCCGUAAUCGCACAAACCACAAUUGGACUGAACAAAACGCAUCUCAUGGAGUGUGGUGUCAUGCCGCACUCUCAAGCAUUCCUGUCUUAUUUGAAAGCUACAGUACCGCUCGAACCGCAAUACGGGAAGAUUUCCUACUAUGGGGAACUGUUAUCUGUGACUGCAAAUUUGAAACUUAUUGAUUUCAUCCUAAUUGAAUUCCAGAUAAAUACCCUGACAAAACCGAUGACCGAAUGGUCCGUGUACAACGACACGAUUCUCCGCACGGCUCAGAAACGGUGCAGUGUGGAUUGGGCCGCAAGUGGUUCGGUACUAGCGCAGGCCACACUAGUUUACAACAAAACGCAUCUCAUCUCUAACGGGAUUGUACCGGACACAGAGAAUUUUUUGGACGAGCUCAAAUCAAAACUGUGCGCAACUCCGAUUUGGGAGAGACUCCAGUAUUACGGUGAAGUAAAAUCCAUAGAAGCUUCACGCGGUUCUCAGUAUCGACUAUUUUGGAUUCUGAAGAUUGUGAAUCUCUUUCUCUCUCUUCGAUUGGCGUUGUGA